AAGAUAAUAGGAGAAAAAAGGGAAACAAUGAAACACUGUUCUGUCAGGGACAUGAAUAAAGGUAUGGCUUGCAGUGAUGGACCCACAGCAGCUAUCACCUUGCGCUGCAGUUCCCCUCAGCUUGGAGCUAUGAGGUACUGCAGCUCACUAUUAGUUUUACAGCCUUACUGUUUGGAUUCACUCCCAGUGAACUCGUUUCCAGACACAGCAAGCAGCUAUUUCAGGAAAAAAACAAGAAAACAAAACUGUGUGCUACUUGCUCACCAAAUCAGCAGACUGACAAAAUCAGCAGCUAGCUGGCUGCUAGCAUUUAGCUUCACUAUAUUCAGGAGUAUAUUAGAUUUUUCCCUCGGGACUUGGUGACCAAAUCAGAGUUUAAAGGAGGGUACAUUUUUUUGGACAACCACAAUCUUCUCCAAAUGAAUGCUAACAAUGUUCCAUGUCUGCUGGACAUAUUCAUAAUAAUGACUUUAAAUGAUGCUAAGAUAUCAGUGUUGUUCCACUGCAGUCAAAUACUAUUUUAAGUACACCCAGUUUUUUAAAACUGAGCAGUAAAACAUUGGUUUCCUAAAAAGAUCUUAAUCUGUCUCAAUCUUAUUAGUAUUGUAUUAGCAUAUAAUCUGGGAAUGUGUUUGUUUUCAACACUCUUUUCACCCCCCCAAAAAAACAAAAACAAAAAAAACUUAAGCUUAUGAAAGAAAUGCAGAUGAAAAUCUGGAUAUUGGAUACCAUAAGAAACUAUUGUCUGUUGGAAGGUUCAGUCCAAAAAUAGCAACCCCUGCCAUCAUAAAUCCACAUUUGUUACAUCCUGAGGUCCCUAAUUGAGACCAUAUGGAGGGGCCUGAGUGUGUGUGCAAUAGGACAUUGCCACUAUCAAGCCUUCUUACAGCCACCAGGAAGAUGUGAUAGUCUGUUGUGGCAGCAGUUUAACAGAGAACAGAUAACAGCAUGUCUGUCAACUCUCAUCCUGGCAGAUGAGUGGCAGAGGCAGGAAAAAGUUCAUUCCUUCCCAUCUCUGCGAAACGCCACAAUCAGGAGUGUAUCUGCAGGUCACGCAAAGAAGCUCAGGAAUGACGGACAGUUGCCGAGUGGGACGAGGGUUCAGAUGACAAAUCGGUCAGUUAUUCAAAUCUAUCAAGGAAGCAGUGUGAGCUGUUGAUAUUCUCAUCAGAAAACAGCUGAGCGACCUAUUGACUCAAAGUCAUUGGCAGUGUUAGUCUGGUGCACCAUGUGCAGUAUAUCCAUACAUGCAGUAAUGACUUGUUGAAUGGUUUAAGUUUUUCUCCACGAUUCACCCAGUUUCCAUAAACAUCACAUUUUACAUGUUGCUGUCGCCCCCUCAUGAAAUCUUAUGAAUGUCCCUCAUCAUACUUGCUCUAGCAUUCCCCAAGCAGCCUCUUGUGCAUAGAGAACCCAUUUCAGACAGUGUGUCCACUUACCAGAGGAGGAAGUACACACAGAACAUUUCAGUAGACAUUACAUAUCAUUGUUACUUUGUUGAAUGAACAUGAAUGAUUAUUUUGUACAACUCUGUCAUCCUCACAAGCUACUUGAAAUAUUCUCUAGACUCACUGUGAGCCCAUUAUCUGUCAUUCUCCAACAUUAAGGCCUCACACCUCAUUGCAUUUCAAUUUCAUUGGGACAAGCUUUGUCUAAUAGAUAUAUCCUGUUACAUUCAACAGCAUCAACAGACCCUUGGAGUAUUUUGUCAAAAAGAAAUGGUCAAUGGAGCCUAGACAGCAGCUCACAGAACUCCACCAUUUACAAAGCAAAUAAACAAAUGAAGAAUAUCAACUCUGGAGCACCCACCCAAACAAAAUAGCGCUUCCACAAGGAAGAGGCUACAGGACAGUGUUUACAAAAUCCUCAUUAAGGAAGUUGUGAGAUAACACAUGCUCAUGUCCAUCACACAAAGUUGAAGGCAUGCACGCACACACACACACACACACACACACACACACACACACACACACACACCAGCAAAGAGACCAUAAGCACUGAGCAAUGCAGAGUCCACCAUAUCAUAGAUAAGGGACAGAAAGAAAGAGCUGGGAAGAAGAGAGCAGAGCACAGAGAGAGACUGACAGAGGAGAGGGCACAACAGAGAUGAGUCGGGCAGACAAAGACAAGCCUCGGCCACCCUGUCACCGGAACUGCAGCCCUGUCACAAAGGACAUCAAAAGUUGUGCCUGAGAAUAAAUGCUGUGAGAUCUGGAAGAGAGCAUCAGGAAUACACACUCCUGCAGCGAGGCUCACACUGAUCAGUGCAAGGGUCAACAACACUACUGACUACUGCCAAGGAACCAGAACUUUCAUAGGCUACAGAUGAACUGAGCAUAAUUUCAAUUUACCUGUGGAUUAAGGGCUCUAGAGACUGCUAUCAUUUUGUCUUACUAUUGUAUCAGCUCAUCCAUAGACAACAGAGGGCAUAAAAUAGAAAGCUGCAGAUUGUUUUUCCCAUGGCGAGCGUUUGGGUCUGUCAACUGGGAACUAUCUGCAGCUCCAAGACUUCGCUCUUGCUGUUUUCAAUUUUGCUGCUUCAGGGGCCUCUCUGUGGUGAGAGCAGCCCCAUCUCCAGCACCCAUCAGAGGCAUCGCCCCUCUCCAGGGCUGGGAGACGGGCAUGGAGGGGUGGUGGAUCCAUCACUGUUGGAGCAGGACAGCAACAUGGAUAUGCAGAGCCUGCUGGAGAGCCUGAAAGAACAGUUUCUGCGGACUUUCAACUUGUCAGGCUGGGGUCCUCCACUGCCUCCUGGAAGCACACGAGAAGAGCCGCCUGAGUACAUGAUGGAGCUCUACAACCGCUUUGCUAAUGACCACUCUGCCAUGCCCUCUGCCAACAUCAUCCGCAGCUUCAAAAAUGAAGAUUCAUCUCCCAGUGUUGUGGGUGUUGGAGGAGUGAGACGUCACCCUCUCCUCUUCAACGUGUCAGUCCCCCAUCAUGAACGUAUCACAGCAGCUGAGCUUCGCCUCUACACCCUUAUUGAGACUGACCGCCACCUCUACGCUGGUGUCAACCGCAAGGUCACAGUCUAUGAACUGGAAUCACAUGACUCUUAUGACAACACGACUGAUGAGAACACUGCGAGAGGAGAUGCAUUCAGAGGGGGAGGAGAGCGGAUAGAGCUGGUGGAGUUGGCUUCACGCCAGGUCUAUGGCACUGAUAAUGGCUGGGAGGCCUUUGACCUCACUGCUGCUGUUCAACGCUGGCGCAAAUCUGACCAUGGCACCACACAUCGGUUGGAAGUGCACAUUGCCAGUAUGGCUGAUGAUAAUAUUCAAGGUAUGACAGAAGACAACAAAGACAGGAAUCCACCUGAAGGAGACAUGAAGAUUGACACCAGUCCUGAGGAAAAACACAAACCUCUGUUGAUUGUUUUCUCCGAUGACCAAAGCAGUGAUCAUCGUGAUGACAAGCGUGAGCUGAAUGAAAUGAUUGACCAUGAAACCUCUAACAUGGUUCUGCAGAAUGAUUUAGGGACGGGCCUGUGGGGUGAGCUGGGGAGGGACAGGGAAGAUGGAGAUGAAGAAGCUGAGCCAGAUGAAGAGGACCUCAUCCAAAUGCGCUCCAAUCUGAUCUAUGACACAGCAUCACGCAUUCGUCGCAAUGCCAAAGGCAAUCACUGCAAGAAACAAUCUCUCUAUGUAGAGUUCAAAGAUAUUGGAUGGGACAGUUGGAUUCUCGCACCCACUGGUUAUGAUGCCUUUGAGUGCACUGGCAUUUGCUCAUUCCCACUGACAAAACAUGUCACACCCACCAAGCAUGCCAUUGUCCAGACAUUGGUCAACAUCAACAGUCCUCAGAAGGCGGCAAGAGCUUGUUGCGUCCCCACCAAGCUGGACCCCAUUUCCCUGCUGUAUCUGGACGAUACAGGCGUGGUCACCUACAAGUACAAGUUUGAAGGCAUGGUGGUGGCUGAGUGUGGCUGCAGAUAGUCCAUGCUUUGAGAGAGUUCAACUCUGUGUAAAGUCUUACGGUAGGAGAUGAGGAAAAGCACUGAACUAACUAUGAGAUGGAAAAUGAGAUAAGCCAAGAAUGUCUUCAACAAAAGGACAACCGUUGGAAUCUCUGUAAGGGUUAUUCAGUGAGACUGGAAGUGACAUUCACUAUUCAUGAAACUAUGUGAGCUCCAAUUGAACAAGUUUCAAAUGGCAAAAAGCAACAAGUACUUCAUCUUACACAGCCAAAGACAUGAUUAUCAGUCGCUAUCAUUUAGAUAGUGGAGAGAUGAUGUGCUGCAGAUUUUCAGUCAGCAUGAUACCAACAAGAAUAAAAAGUCACAAGAUUUUCUAAAGGACCAAACCAAGCACAUCCAACGGUGUGUGAGGCCUGGUGGGAACUAGUGGGCCAGAUGCCCCCCCUCCCUCUACUUCCCCUUGACAUCAGUCUUCCUUUCCACUUAUCUCCCCCCCCUCACUCGUUGCAAACACUAAUCAGCACUUCUUGUGUCCUGGUGCAGUGAAAUGACCUCCCUCAGGCAACCUGACAAGACAUGAACUCUGUAGGCCCACCUCCUGCCUCCUGCAACCUCCUGAUACGUAGGUGCUAUGCAGGGAUCCUGACGGCAGGGUUAUCUAUUCCAACCCUGUUUCCCACUUCACAUGCCUCUUUUCCACUCCCCCAAGCUACAGCGAUAGCAAGGUGUUGGAGGUUGAGAAACAUGUAUGCCACCAGUCAGGCUUGGAGAACUGGACGCCAUUCUAGGCAUCUUUUGAGGUGGUGGAACGGGGGGAGUGGGACAGGACAAGGGUGCAGAGGUUCCCACAUUCCCAGGCAACAAACAAUCUUAACUGGUUCAACUCACUGACCCAGCACCAUGUACCCUCAACAUAUCUCCAACUCCUCAGUUGAGUCAUCCAUCAUUUUUAUGUUAAAAAUGGCCUUUUUGGAACUGUAAGCUAAAAUCAAAAGUGGAAAAGGGGGCACCUUGUCACAUUCCCUUUAUGGAUCCACAAAGGAAAUACAUUUAUUUUCUUUUGUUAUAAGCCUUUUGAUACCUCUGCUGCUUGUGUCAAUUAAAAGACUAUUUAUUGUUCUAAUUUAUUAAUUUUUAAAACAGAGUAGAUAUAUAUGUACAUUUGUUAGUGUAGAGCAGGUUCUGUAACCAUGACAAUGCAUUUGCAGCACAAAAUGAAUUUUGUUGGGAAGAUAAAUGGUAACAAUUUCUGAAACAAUAAAGAAUGAUUACUUAUAAAUCGCAAAUGAAAAGUUGCCUUAACUAUGACUUAAUAACGGAUCCUUACUUUUUCAGAAAGUUUACACACCAUGUUCUUCAAAAUGUCAUUAAGAUUAUCUCAUAUCAAGAUGAAUGUAAAUAUUUUGAGCUUAAAUACCAUACUGACAGUGUUUUUAACAGUUAAUUGUACAUGAUCUAUUUUCCACAUUACAAUUAUCAAUCAAAGUAUCUUGGUCUGUCAGCUUUCUUCUCCAUGUUUUAGGAAGAAGCUGCUAAACUAGUGAUAUAAAUGCACUUCUCACAUUCUGAUCAUUCAGUCUGACAGUAUCAGCCCGCAGGUCAUAGUUCAUACAUGUCACACAAACAAAGAACCAUGGGAAACUGAGUGGAUGGUCUGCUAAUGAAGAAAAUGGAUGGCCCUGUGCUCACACUGACAGCGAGCAGAUACAGGCAGCUAUGAUGGAAAACCUGUUAGUGAAGAGAAAAUGUUAGCAAAAGACAAAGAUUUGGAUGUGUAGCUCUUUUUCUGUUGUCUCUACAUUUUCUAUGAAUGUUAAACCAGAUCGCAAGAGCAUUAUGUUGUUCUAUCCAUGUACCAGCGCACACUGAAGAUGUAAAUAAAGGAUACAGAUCAGAUUCAUGCUCUGAGAUGUGACACCUUCUAUUGUUUAUUUGUUGUUGGGAAGGUGUGUCAGACUAUUGUUUUAUGAAAGGUGAGACGUCUGGGCUCUGUUUCAGCAAAUUCCUGUGUUACAGCAGCAGAGUUAAGAGUCGAGGUCAAGGAUGAAAAUCAGACUCUAAGACACAGACACACGUAUGAAAACACACCUAUGCAUGUUUUCAUAUGUCUUUGUGUGUUUUCAUAAGUCUGCCUGUGUGUUUGUCUUUGAUUUAGAUUGUAGGAGGACUGAGUAUAAUGCUGAAGUGCUCAAGUAGAAGAAAGCAGAUCUAGAAGAAAGCAUGGUGUGUAUACUGGAGAUACAAAUGUUAUUGAAUGUCUGCAGUGAGCUAACACUGACUCCUGCCACACUACUUUAUAAACUGUAUACAUUUCUAGACUCUAGCUCAUUAGAUGUCUUUAUGUUAAGUUAAGCUACUGUUCCCUAGCUGUAGCUUCAGACUUUGCUGACAAACAUGAGUGUGGUAUCAAUUUUCUCAUAUGACUCUUGGCAAGACAGCUAAUACUAUAAGCAUUUCAGAUUUUUUGCAACAGUAACAGCUUACAAGAACACCAGUGACUGGUAUGUCUCAGAUGAAUAUAACUUAUGCAAUAGUAAUACCAUUGCCACACUGUUACAGAAUAAUGUGUGAUGUCUCUGCUACCUCCUCUUAUUUUAGCUUUGGGUAUCACCAUACAGUAAAAUUCUUACAUGCCACUGAAUGUGCUGUACAAAUGCUGAUUUCUCAUCUUUAAGCAGCCAAACAAUGUGUGUCACAACUGAUGUUGCAGUUCUAGGAUCCUAUUGCAAUAAUGUUUUCUGCCUAAAGCUUCCUCAAAACCCAAAAAAGUCUUUGGCUGCAGCUCACUAAUGACAAGUGCACUUUCAGAAAGCAAACAAGCCGGACACUGACUGACCUCCCAUGUAAGAUGAGAGCAGAGGUCGUCUAAAAAUGGUCACAGACCAGAGGGCAAGAACCUCAGCCAAAUACUGUGACAACAGGCGGCCUCUGCUAUGUAAAGCUCACUAAUUGAAUAUUUACAGAAUGGUGGAAGAAAUAUGAAUCUGGCCUUUGUCACUGAAUGGCAAACAUUCAGGAAAUAUGAUGAAAUGGGAAGUCUUUAGUAUUGGCUCAGUUGAUAAGCACUGCUGCAGAGUGUUCUGUGCUUUUUCCUCUCUCUUGUUUUGACAUAGCUUCAUCUGUCAAAACACUUUUAAUCUCACUGCUGGUUGUUAUGCUGCAGUUUGUGAAGGUUUCAGCCUACGUGAUUAAUUCAGGAGCACACCUAACGAUUAGUAAACAAACUGGACAGUUCCCAAUGUACAGACAGUUCAAAGAUCUUCAAAAUCCUGUAAUGCUCCACUGACUGACAUCAUGACGUCGGCUGCAGGACGUCGACGUGCAUCUUGCUGUGAACGUGUGUUUUGGUGUGUCAUGCAGAGCUGCAUGACUCGCCCUGACUCUGACGUGGGGUCUGUAAUAAGGCCUGAUUGUUUCCGUUUUGGGUCACAUGUUUAUCAUUCCAUCUCUUUGCAAUACCACCACCCAGUUCUCAUCUCUUGUUCUCUCCUCGAGUCUCCUCAUUUCCCAGGAAAAGCAGUUUGCACAACCAUUACUUGGUGCUCGUAUGCAAAAGAAUCUCCAAAUGUACAAACACCUUUUAACAAUUUACAUUCAACUCUGAUGUUGCGUAACUUCAAAAAACCCAUUCAGAGUCGGUAAUGAAAAGCAGAUGUUCAGUAUAGUUCACAUGCUCGUGCAGGCCAAGUAAUAUUACCCCCAAAGUGAUUUCUCAGCAAAACAAGUUAAGUCAGGACCAAAUGAGCUUUAAACUGUCAUUUUUCAUUAACAGUAAUGACUUUAACUCACCAGAUGCUCAAAAAAUAAAUCACUAGCUAUUAAAUACGAAAGUACAAAAAGUUUAAUCUGUUGCAAAAUCAUGCUCAGAAAGACAAUUUUUUAAGUGAGGGACUGAUGUAAAAACUAAUUAUCACUCUACAAGGAUUGCAUUUGGCCAUUGAGAGUCGUAUACACUUCAUCUCACUGUGAUGAAGUGCAGGAGGAUUGAGCAAUCUCAAGUUUUUUGCUCUGCUUCUUUUAUGAAAAGGUUGCAAUAAAUCCUCUGGCAUGAUCCUGGCUGAAUUCUGUAGAAAAUACACUUGGGAUGGUGUUAUUACUUGAUUUAAAGAGUGUUGAUAACAGUGCCUCUACUGUAAAAAUAAAAAAUAUAAGAAUUCCAAAAAGUUGCUACAAGGCUUUGCAUUUCUUAAAAAACACACAUGGUUCUGAUUACUUAAUCUAAUCCCUGUGGAAUCACAAAUGUAGACAGCUGGGGGGCCCAGGACAUACAGAUCACUAACUGCAGAAGCACAAGUCUGGACCUGAGAUGAACAACAAAAUACCACACUGCGCCCUGCUUCCAUAUAUUUCCUCACACUUAUCAAGCACAGUAAUUGUAAGGCCUUUUGUUAAGAAAAGGUGUGUCAUGAAAAAAAAAAUUACAAUCAAGAUCAAAUGACCAAAUAUUCCACUGAAUUACAGAAUCUUUACAAAAACUUCCCAAGAAAACAAUGGCACAAAUUACACAUUAUACAGCUUUGACACAAAGAUGCCUGUUGUAAAUUACAUGGCAGCAAAUAAGACUUUACUCAUAAUAAAUGAAGGACUGACAUCCAAUCAUUUAAUGACAUUGCAAGAAUAGCAUUUUGGGAAAUAUGCUUAUUUGCUUACUUACCAAGAGUUAGAUGAGAAGAUUGAUACCACUCUCAUGUCUGUACACUAAAUAUGAAGCUACAACCGAUAGUCAGUUUAGAUCUGCCAACCAGAACAUAGAGCUUGGAGCUUUAUUUAUCCCACUGCUGUGAAAUUCACAUGUUACAGCAGCAAGAAACAAGGGUGACCAAGAUAGAAAAAAAAUAAAAAUAAAAAAUAUAAUAUAAGAAGGCACAGAAGUACAAAGUAACAUAGUAAAGUAACAAAGUUAAAGUUAAAGUGCAGCAGUCAGCAUUAGAAAAAAAAAGUCUGUAAUAAACAAUAAUGUAAUAAUCGUAAUAUAGGCGAAAAUGGUGAUAAUCAAUCUUAUUAUAUAACAUACUCUAUACAUAUAACAUAUAUAACAAUUAUCUUUGUUUAAUCUGUACAAAACUGUGUGGCUUUACAGCUUGUUUCAUGUUAACACUGUUUCCUGGCCAGGUGUGGUGGUGUCCACUGACUCAAGCUACCUGUUUUCCCCUGUUUCCAGUCAUUGUGCUAAGCUAAGCUAGUUAGCUGCUGGCUGUAGCUUCUAAUUUACCGCACAGACAUGACAGUGGUAUCGGUCCUCUCAUCUAACUCUUGACAAGAAAGCAAAUAAACAUAUAUCUAGACUCUGAAAUCCUCUUAGUUUAGUUUUCCAGUUGCACAUUAGCUCUAGAUUUUUUUUUUCACUGCUUCAAUGUGUUUUUUUUAUUAUGUUAUCCAUGUGCUCAUCUCAUCUCAAGUUGCAAUAUAACAAGCCACAGACAUGAUCUUCCAAAUACAACUGUCUAAAUUCACAUUGUACAAAGCACCAAAUGCUACUUGAGAUUUGUCCACAAACCUGGUGAAACUGAAAGGAAACAUACUGUAUGUGAUCUUGUUUAGGCAAUGAUUCAUAAUAUUUGUUUCAAACACAGACAGUUUUAUCACUUUUUUAGUUUUGAUAGUAGUUUUAUCAUAUGGUACUAACUCAUGAUACUGAAAUGUCAAACUUGUAAGCUUACCUAUCCCUUACUAAAUGUGCAUAUGAAAAGCUGA